UGCAUUCAAUACCAGAGUCUGUAGCCUACUGCAUUAUCUCGCAUCACCAGAUUUCAACAUUCACGAUGGCAACUGAGGUGGAAACCGUCCCCGAAACUGCUCCACCUGCCCCUACUGCAGAGAAAGCUAAGAAGGGUGUCAUCAGCAAAGCAAAGCCGGUGGUCGCGGGUGCCGCAUCUGCUGCAAAGAAGAAAAAGAAAAAGAAUAAGGGCGGCAAGAAGGGACAGCCGGGCAAAUACAGCCAGUUGGUCAUCGAUGCAAUCCGCACACUGGGCGAGAAAAACGGCUCAUCCUUAUUCAAAAUUUACAAGGAAGCCAAGAAAGUCAGUUGGUUCGACCAGCAAAAUGGAAGGAUGUACUUGAGGUACUCCAUUCGGGCACUGCUGCUGAACGAUACCCUCAUUCAGGUGAAGGGCUCUGGCGCCAACGGCUCAUUCAAACUCAACAAAAAGAAAUUUGAAAAGGCUGCUGCCAAGAAGAAGAGUCCAUCUAAACCAGCCAAAGCAGCCAAACCAGCCAAGGCAGCAAAGCCCGCAAAAAAACCUGCAAGCAAGACGGCGAGCAAGUCAUCCAGCGCGAAAGCGAGUCCCAAAAAGAAAGUCGCCAAGAAACCAGCGGCCAGCAAAAAGCCCGCAGCGGUCAAGACUGCACCCAAGGCGAAGAAGGCAGCAGUGAAGAAAGCCCCGAGUGCAAAAAAGACCAAGAAGACAAAGAAGUAAACCGAGAGCUUAAUGUUACCGAGGAGAAAAACGAACUGUAACAAAAUGGAGCAAAUUGGUUCAUUAUUUUUAUAUUUUUGUAUAAAACUCUUUGUUCAUUCAGGGCGCGUGUGAGCAGCGCUUAUAUCGUAUUGGUUGAAGUCUUUUGUGUGAUAACCUAUUCUACAAACCGUCAUAUAGUUGUGGUAAUUUACAUCCCGUUUAUCAAGUUAACGGAAUUACCGAUCAUGACCUUGUGUUCUCUCAGACUUGUUAAAAAUCAUUCUGUGUUUAUUCCGGACCAGUGUCAACUAGCCCUGCAGUUUACAUUCCUUUGUAUUUGUUUUGUCAAAGUGGGCGUGGCACGUAAAAUGUUAAACGACAUAGCCUACAUUUUAUACACAGUUGAUUUUUUUUUAUUAUUGUUUAUCAUCUAUCACAAAUACAAAGUUGUUGAAUAUGUUUACCUGAAUACAUAAACCUGAUCUGAAACAAAUACCAUGGCCAUGUCUUGUAAAUAAAGUAUUAACAACUGCUUAA